AUGGCCAAGGGGGAGAGGGAGGGGCGCCUCCCCCUCUUGCUGCUGCUGCUGCUCGUCUUGUGCCUCUUGGCCCAGUCCAGGAUCGCCGCCGCCGCCACCCACCCACAGGAUGCGGCUGCUCUCAAAUCCUUGAUGAGGAAAUGGUCAAAUGUGCCUGCUAGCUGGAGGAAGAAAUCGAAUGAUCCUUGCGGCGACAAAUGGGAUGGAAUUGAAUGCAAUGGUGCCAACUCAAGGGUUACAUCACUAAAUCUUUUUGGCAUGAACAUGAAAGGCACUCUUAGUGAUGAUAUAGGAAGCCUGACUGAGCUCAGGGUCUUGGAUUUAUCCUCAAAUAAAGACUUAGGUGGUCCACUUACACCUGCCAUUGGGAAAUUGAUUCAGCUUAUAAACUUAGCAUUGAUAGGUUGCAGUUUCAGCGGUUCUGUUCCGAGUGAACUAGGCAACCUUGCACAACUCGAAUUCUUCGGUCUGAACUCAAACCAAUUCACGGGCAGAAUCCCGCCCUCGCUGGGCAAGCUCUCCAAGGUUAAAUGGCUGGAUCUAGCUGAUAACAAGUUAACCGGACUUCUCCCAAACUCAAGGGACAAUGGCGCUGGAUUGGACCAGCUUCUUAAUGCAGAGCACUUCCAUCUUAACCAGAAUUCUCUAGAAGGUCCUAUCCCAGAAUAUAUGUUCAACUCCAGCAUGCACCUCAAGCAUAUACUUCUGGACAGGAACAAUUUUAGUGGAACUAUCCCAUCAUCUAUUGGGGUAAUCCCAACUCUUGAAGUACUUCGUCUAAAUAACAAUAACUUCACAGGCCGAGUUCCGGCUAUGAAUAACCUGACUAAGCUCCAUGUUCUAAUGCUGUCAAAUAACAAGCUAAGUGGACCAAUGCCGAAUUUGACUGAUAUGGAGGGUCUUGGAAAUGUGGAUCUAAGCAAUAACAGCUUCACGCCUUCUGGUGUUCCAAGUUGGUUUACAGAAUUGCCCGGACUAAUGACCCUUACAAUGCAGUCGGUUGGGAUUUCUGGGAAACUACCACAGAAGCUUUUCGGCUUGCGUGCUUUGCAACAUGUAAUAUUGAAUGAUAAUGAACUGAAUGAUACGCUUGACAUGGGCAAUAACAUCAAUGACGGACUAGACCUUGUCGACUUGCGGAACAACAAAAUUACCUCAGUUACAGUGUACAGCAGCCUUGACAGCAAGCUUCUCAAGCUUGAAGGAAACCCACUCUGCACCGACUCUCUUCUGUCAAACACGCUGCUCUGCACGGACCAGCUAACCGAAUUUCCAACCAUGCUACCCUUCUCUGAUGUACAGUGUCCACAUCCAUUUGUUGAAACUAUAUUCUUCCGAUCUCCUUCCUUUGGCGAUGUCAGAAAGUUCCUUCCUGAACUGCACGACAACCUGUCGAGAACAGUGAGCAGUUGUACCCCGAACAAGCUAGGUUUGAUACCAUACAUUGAUGACGUGUACCUGAAAGUAGACAUCAAGGCGUGCCCUGUAAAGCAGAAGAGGUUCAAUUACUCUCAGGUGCUCAACUGCUUUAAUCUAACACUUCAGACUUACAAGCCACCGGAGAAUUUUGGACCUUACUAUGUGAAAUCACAUCCUUAUCCGUUCCACGACAAAGCUUCUCGAGCUAUUUUGAUUGGUGUCGUGACUGGCUCUGUUCUUUUGGUUGUCGGGCUCGCGCUGAUUGGACUUUACGCCCUGCGUCAAAAGAAACGGGCUAAGAAGCUUGUCUCCCAGAAUAAUCCUUUUGCUUCGUGGGGAUCAACGCCGGAAGAUAUUGGUGAAGCGCCAAAACUCAAGAGCGCUAGAGCCUUCACACUGGAAGAGCUCAAGCUUAGCACAAACGACUUCAAACAAAUCAAUGCAAUUGGAGAAGGAGGCUAUGGAACGGUGUACCGAGGAAAACUUCUGGAUGGACAGCUCAUAGCCAUCAAGAGGUCCAAGCAAGGGUCCAUGCAGGGUGGGCUUGAGUUCAAGACAGAAAUCGAGCUCCUUUCGAGGGUGCAUCACAACAACUUGGUUGGGCUAGUUGGUUUCUGCUUCGAGAAGGGCGAAAAGAUGCUGGUUUACGAGUUCAUAUCCAAUGGAACUCUAAGUGAGGCGUUAUAUGGUAUGAAAGGAGUACAACUGGAUUGGAGUAUGAGACUUAAGAUAGCUCUAGAUUCAGCCAGAGGGCUAGCUUACCUCCAUGACCAUGCCAAUCCUCCAAUCAUUCAUAGAGAUAUCAAGUCGACCAACAUUCUCCUUGAUUCGAAGAUGACCGCAAAGGUUGCAGAUUUUGGCCUCUCCUUGUUGGUAUCAGACAGUGAGGAAGGCGAGCUGUGCACAAAUGUCAAGGGAACACUGGGUUACCUAGAUCCAGAGUACUACAUGACGCAGCAACUUACGGCGAAGAGCGAUGUCUACAGCUUCGGCGUGGUACUACUAGAGCUCAUAGUAGCCAAGCCACCCAUAUACGAGAAGAAGUACAUUGUCCGCGAGGUGAAGACGGCACUAGACAUGGAAGACACCAUGUACUGUGGGCUGAAGGAUGUGAUGGACCCAGUUCUCUACAAAAUGGGGGGCCUCCUAGGAUUCCCAAGGUUCGUGACGAUGGCACUGCAAUGCGUCGAAGAGGUGGGACCUGACCGCCCGAAGAUGAACAACCUAGUGAGGGAGAUCGAGAUGAUAAUGCAGGACAACGGGCUCACACCCGGUUCGAUGUCGGCGAGCUCUUCGUUCAGCGUGGACUCAACAACAAGGACAUUUGCACCAAGGUAUCCCUACUCCAGCACAUCGACGCCGUCCACUACGUAUCAGAUGGACAGCAGGGCCUUUGAGUACAGUGGGGGUUUCCCUUCUCAGGGCAGCUUGAAGAACAGGAACACAUCCCCUAAACCUCUAAACUCCCGGGAACGGAGGCUUCCUGGUUGA